GAUUUUCAGUCGAUUUAUUUUCUUUUUGCCAAAGCAGAAACGGAAGGUUUUUAAAUUUCUUCGAGUUUGCGCAGUGAGCAUCGCGAUUGGCAGCAGCAUCAACAAACUCAAUCUCAGCAAUCAGCAUUCUCAGCUCUCAGCAGCGGACGAAUACAAACAAUACCAAGACUUUCUCGUCCGUUGAAUUUUGUAAUCAGAUUUUCUGGUCUGAGACUUUUAAAAAAUUCCAUCGAUCAAGCCUUAAUUGAGAUUAAAUAUCAUAGAACAUUCUCUCGGCCACUCCGCACUUGGCAGAAACAACAUGAGCAACCGCAUUUCCAACCUUCUUAGACGAGCAAGAAGGACAAGGCCGACGGUGCAGCCCGACGUCUAUGAGGUCAGUGACGAUUCUGCCGAUGAAGAUGUGGACGAAGAGGAGUCGGACGAGGUCACCGAACUGAGCCAAGCUUCCGGGCCCUUAAAUACAUCAUUGAACACGUCCUUUAGCCAGCAAGAGUGUUCAGUGUGUCUGUCUUCGAUUGAGUUGCCAAUUCGGUUGCCCUGCACCCACUACUUCUGCUACACCUGCGCCAAAGGACUGGCCCAGACGAGCAGGGCGUGCGCGAUGUGCCGAAGGCCGAUCCCAAGUGACUUUGUCCACGACCCAGACAAGUAUGUCGUGGGAAUCAUAAAAGAGCCAAAUCUCGAGCACGCCUGGUUCUACGAAGGGGCCAAUGGUUGGUGGAUGUACGAGCCCCGGGUUCAGUCUGAGAUCGAGGAAGCUUUUCUCAAGGGAGACCAGAAAGUGGAGGCGUUGAUCGCUGGACAUCUGUACGUCCUGGACAUGAAGGAUAAAGUCCAGUACAGAAAGGACCUCCCUUCGAAGCGCAGGCGCAUGAAGAGGGACUUGCCUUCGUCCAGCCACAAAGGCCUUGCUGGCUUGAGACAAGAAAUGCGACCCGAGUUUCCUCCUGGGAAGGAAUAGUUUUAGUUUUUGUAUUCGAAAAAGCAAGACGAAGUGAUGGGAAAUUCCUCAUCAUUGUUGAUUGUGGAUUUCCGAUUUGAUAUGUUUACUGCUUGCUCUUCGUUUUAAGGCUGACCUUGAUUUUUGACCCCUAAAUUAUUUAAACCUUGAUGAUAAUCAAUGUUUGUUCACGAGGGGGAAAUUUUAAGGAAUAUAUUAAUUUUAUUGUUGAAAAAACAAGACAAUUGCAGGAAAAAAGGAAUUAUCUUUAUCAACAAUCCUUAUUUAGCUCUCGGCUUUCUUGAUUGGUCUUAACACUUAUCACAUUUUUAAUUAAUUUUCGAUAUGUUGUUAACUUACAAAAUUGUCUUCUGCAACUUUCCCUUAUAACUCCCCAAACUCAAAAUCUUAAUCGAUUUUUUUUUUUAAUUUUAAUUC